AUAAACUAAUUUCCAGUAAUAAUAGCUUAAUUGUUGUUCGACCUGCACACAUGGCACAACGAUUAGUCAGUUUGUUAUAUAAUUUUUGUGUCGACAGUACUUUGUAAUAUAAGAUAUUAAAAUUUAGAACUGUUUUCGGAUGUGACUUUCACUAAUUGCAAUUUUUUAAAUAUAUUUUAAUUUAUAAUUGGUGUCAAACGAUCCAAAUGCGAUCGCCCUCAAAUUUGACAUUCACAAUUGCAAGAAACCAGUGAAACCUAUAAAUAAUACACUACGCAACAAAAUCCUUGAAGACUUGAAAACUAAGCAGAUCUGAACACAAGGUUCAUACUUGUAUAGAGCGCAUGAAACAAGAAGUUUUCUCUUUCCGAACAAAGCCAAGACAAUCUUACAUUAGAAUGGGCUUUCAUAUAUUCCUUACUAUUUUCGUUACAAUUUUCAUCUUCCAUGGCUCGUGUAAUUGCGAUAAAGGGCAUUAUACAUUUAUGAAAGAUGCAACACUAGCACCAACUUAUGCUAGCUUCGACUACAUACUCAUCGGAGGAGGAACCUCAGGCUGUGCAUUAGCCGCAACGCUUUCUCAAAACGCUCGCGUUUUAGUUCUCGAACGCGGUGGCUCUCCUUAUGAUAAUCCAACGGCGAGUGACUUGGGAAACUUUGCUAACACACUCUUUAACAUCACACCAAACUCGUGGUCACAGCUUUUCAUCUCCGAGGAUGGCGUUUACAACACACGAGCCCGUGUCCUCGGCGGAGGCUCGGUGAUAAACGCCGGAUUCUACACACGUGCGGGAGAUGACUACGUGGAAGAAGUUGAGUGGGAGCGCGAGGCAGUGGAAGCUGCUUACGAAUGGGUGGAGAAGAAACUUGUGUUCGAGCCACAUGUUAUGGGAUGGCAAACAGCGUUUAAAGAUGGGCUUUUGGAGGCUGGUGUGAAUCCGUACAACGGUUUCACGUAUGAUCACAUCUACGGGACUAAGAUCGGCGGUACGAUCUUUGACGGUGCCGGUCAUCGACACACGGCGGCGAAUCUGCUGGAGUAUGCUAAUCCAGACAACAUAGUUGUAUACUUGCAUGCUUCUGUCCAGAAGAUCCUCUUUACUAAAACAGACGGACCGAGACCAGAAGCAUACCAAGUUAUAUUCGAGGACACAAAAGGAGUGCUCCACAAGGUAGAAUUAGCAAAUAAUCCAAUGAAUGAAGUAAUCUUGUCUGCUGGAGCAAUAGGCAGCCCCCAUCUAUUGAUGCUGAGCGGCGUGGGUCCUAUGGCUCAUCUUGCAGCUCAUGGGGUUAAACCGGUGAUCUUAGAUCACCCAAUGGUUGGGCAAGGGAUGGGAGAUAAUCCCAUGAGUCCCAUAUUCAUUCCUUCUCCUACGCCCGAAGAAAUGUCCCUCGUACAAGCUGUUGGUAUCACAAAGUUUGAUAGUUACAUCGAAGGAGGAAAUAACGUGACCCUCUCUUUUGAUUUGACCCGUAGGUUUUUCGAUGGUGUUUUACAUGUUCUGAACGAGACAAGCCGUACUACAUCUACGAAAAUCUUAACCCAACCCAUUGUAGACUUUUUAAGAUCUUUGGAUCGUGGAUUCAAAGAUAUGAUAGCUGUGAAUGGGAUGUUUCAAAAAGUGGCGGGACCGGCCUCGAGGGGUUACAUGGAGCUACGGAACAGGAAUCCAGACGAUAACCCUUCAGUGACGUUCAACUACUAUCAAGAACCAGAGGAUUUGAACAAGUGUGUCGAAGGACUUAAAACCAUUAUUAAGGUGAUAGACUCGAAAGCCUUCACUAAGUACAAAUACCCUGAUGUGACCGCACGUGUGCUGCUCAAUUUCAUGCUGGGCCUUCCCACAAAUCUUAGGCCGAGGCACGUGACCUCAAUGUUCAACUUGAAGCAGUUUUGCAUCGACAAUGUGAUGACUGUUUGGCAUUACCAUGGAGGUUGUCAAGUUGGAAAAGUGGUUGACAAGAAUUACAAAGUUUUAGGCAUUGAUGCAUUAAGGGUUAUCGACGGAUCAACAUUUCUCAAGUCUCCGGGGACUAAUCCUCAAGCUACGGUUAUGAUGCUUGGAAGGUACAUGGGGCAGAAAAUUCUUAAAGAGAGGGCGGCCUUCUUCAAAUAUCAGGAAGAAGCAUGAAACAAUAAAUCGAGAUGAGCCCAGAUUAAAUAGUUGAAUUUGAACUCUCUUCAGACCUCAAACAAUAAGUCACCGUUGUUUUUUUUAGUAAAAUGUUAAGCCCCCUAUUGUUGGGAAACAUUAUUUAACUUCUUACACCAUCUGAAAAAACUCAUUUUGAAUAUCUCAACUGUAAAAUAUUUGUAUUCUAUUAUAUUUUGUUAAACAUUUUGCAUUGCGGUGAGAAACACUUUAGUCUCAGCUUCCAAACUAGAUGACGCUUCUCCUAAACUACUAGAUCCCCACAUUUUUUGUAGAAACAUAGCUAUCUCUUACAAUCCAACCCUCUUUCACCUGACCUGUACGAGAAUCAAAAGCAGCAUCAUAAUUAUACUAUAUAAUCCUUCUACCGGACGUUUUCAAACGGCAAAACGUGUAGCAGGUGUAUCAAGAGACUAAUUCUAAGUAUUGAGGAGAACUAUGUACUGAAAGCUAAGAGCUACCACGAUUUUCAAUAUAUAAAUCUAAAAAGGAAAGAAUAUUCGUAUGAUCCUUGAACUGGUAAUGAAUUUCAGUACCAAUACUUGAUCAAUAUAUUUGAAGUUUUCGUAGAUUCACUGAAAAUUCCGAAACCACCAAAUUUUAAUUAAAGAUAAUGUUUUUGAACACAAUUAAAGAUAAUUAU